CGCAUGCCAAACAAAUGUUUGACUGCAUUGCCAAUGCUAUUUGCCUUUACAAACCUUCGAAUGCUCCAAGUACUCGUGGUAGUUUGUGUUUCUGGAUUUCCUAGUUCUGUCUUGCAUGGUAAUCAACCAUGGCCGAAACCGCUUUGAAGCCGCAAAAACGCAUCCUCGGGGAUGCGACGAUGACUUCUGGCAAUAUUCAACCCAACAACGCGUCCAAGAAACGAAAACUCGAUGCAGACGAAUCCUCAGCCCACCUGAGCAUCCCUCCAAGGAGUAGUGCUUUGAAGAGCUUCGGCUCGAGCCAACCGCAACAAAAGAGCCGCUUUGAAGAAGACUUGGAGAAGCUUACCCAGGAUAUUCAUGGGCUUAAGGAAAACAAUUCCGAGAAAGAUCAACAAUGGGAAAGGCCUUCAUUGGAAGAUUUUGAUCCGGCAAAGGACAAUUUAUGCUUCCAGCAAGUAGAUGCUGAGGAGGGUGCUCUAGGCGGCAAGGCGACUGUGAAACUUUUUGGUGUGAAUGAGAAAGGGAACUCUGUCCUUCUCCAUGUCGAAGAUUUUCGACACUAUUUUUACAUCGCCGCUCCAGUAGGAUUUCAACCGGAAGACUGUCAUGCAUUCACAACUUUUCUCAAUCAAAAACUAGGGGGCUUCGAACGGGCCGUUCACUCUGCAAAUGUUGUGAUGAAAGAAAAUCUUUACGGCUUUCAAGGGAAUGAGAAGAAGUGGUAUAUCAAAAUCACGGUUAUGGACCCCAAGCAUAUCGGCAAAUUGCGCAACACCUUAGAGAGAAGUAUCUCAUCAUGCAACUUCAAAGGCUUAUGGGGGACAAGCGAUGAUGGAGGCAUUAUGACAUUUGACAACAUUCAGUAUGUGUUAAGAUUUAUGAUUGAUACUGGGAUUUCCGGUAUGUCCUGGGUGGAAACCAAGGCGCAGAAGUAUCAACUGGUUCCCGUACAUCAGAGAGUUUCAAAUUGUCAGAUUGAGGCUCGUGUUUCUUAUCACGACCUGAUCGCUCACUCACAUGAGGGCGAAUAUGCAAAAAUGGCUCCAUUGCGAAUUCUAUCGUUUGAUAUCGAGUGUGCGGGGCGAAAAGGAAUUUUCCCAGAACCAAACCAGGAUCCUGUGAUUCAAAUCGCCAACGUAGUUACACGCCACGGAGAAUCGAAACCGUUUAUUCGAAACGUUUUUGUCCUGGAUACCUGCAGUCUUAUCGUCAACACUCAAAUUUUAGAGUUCAGGGACGAGGCAAAAUUACUAAUGGCCUGGAGGGACUUUCUCGAGAAAGUUGACCCGGACGUCAUUAUAGGAUACAACAUUUCGAAUUUCGACUUUCCAUAUCUUCUCGACCGAGCGAAACAUUUGAAGUGUAACAAUUUCCCAUAUUUCACUAGAUUGGUCAACCACAAGUCCGAAGCAAAAGAUACCAAUCUAUCUAGUAAACAAAUGGGCAAUCGUGAUACGAAGUCAACAAACACAAAUGGCCGAAUCCAGCUAGAUCUUCUUCAGCUAGUUCAACGCGAUCAUCAUCUCCGAAGUUACACCCUGAACUCGGUCUGCGCUGAAUUUUUAGGCGAACAAAAGGAGGAUGUUCACCAUACUAUGAUCACUGAGCUGUUUAACGGCACUGCUGAUUCACGAAGACGACUGGCUGUGUAUUGUCUGAAGGAUGCCUACCUGCCACAAAGGCUCAUGGACAAAUUGAUGUGCCUUGUCAAUUAUACCGAGAUGGCGAGGGUCACAGGUGUGCCGUUUAAUUACCUCUUAUCCCGUGGCCAACAGGUCAAAUUCAUCAGUCAACUCUUCCGCAAAGCGCUCCAGCAGGACUUGGUCAUCCCAAACCUGAAUAAGCAAGAAGAAGGUGAUUACGAAGGUGCUACAGUUAUUGAACCUAUCCGAGGUUAUUACGACGUCCCUAUCGCUACUCUUGACUUUGCUUCUUUGUACCCGUCCAUCAUUCAAGCUCAUAAUCUUUGCUACACUACCCUUCUGAACAAGAAGGCCGUUGAUCACUUUGGGUUCAAACAAGAUGAGGACUACAUUGUGACACCGCACGGUGAUAUGUUCUGCACACCGAGUGUUAGGAAGGGUUUGCUGUCUCAGAUUCUCGAAGAACUUCUCGCAGCAAGAAAGAAGGCCAAGAAGGAACUGGCCAUUGAGACCGAUCCUUUCAAGAGAGCCGUGUUGAAUGGUCGACAGCUUGCUCUGAAGAUCAGUGCUAACAGUGUAUACGGUAUUACCGGCGCAACUGUUGGAAAGCUUCCUUGCUUAGAGAUUGCUAGCAGUACCACUAGCUACGGUCGUCAAAUGAUCGAGAAGACGAAGUCAGAAGUCGAAGGAAAGUAUACUAUAGCUAAUGGGUAUUCGCACGAUGCUCAGGUCAUCUAUGGCGAUACUGAUUCCGUCAUGGUCAAGUUUGGUGUCAAGACGCUUGAAGAAUCAAUGAAACUAGGGGAGGAAGCAGCUGACUAUGUUUCAUCAAAGUUCAUCAAACCGAUCAAAUUGGAGUUUGAGAAAGUGUAUUUUCCAUACUUGCUUAUCAACAAGAAGCGCUACGCCGGUCUUUAUUGGACGAAUACGAAGAAGUACGACAAAAUGGAUAGUAAGGGCAUUGAGACUGUUCGUCGUGAUAAUUGUCGACUUGUUCAAACAGUUAUUGAAACUGUUCUCCAUAAAAUUCUAAUCGACCGAGACCUCGAGGCAGCACAAGAUUAUGUCAAGGAUACAAUAUCUGAUUUGUUACAAAAUAAAAUCGAUAUGUCAAAGCUGGUUAUUACCAAGGCAUUAUCAAAGUCGGCUUACACUGCUAAGCAAGCGCAUGUUGAGCUAGCAGAGCGUAUGCGCAAAAGAGAUGCUGGCUCUGCACCGACACUUGGGGACCGAGUCGCCUACGUGAUUGUCAAAGGUGCGGGCGGGUCGAAAAACUACGAAAAGUCAGAAGAUCCUAUAUAUGUCUUGGAGAACAACGUCCCCAUCGACACGAAGUACUACUUGGAUAACCAACUUGCCAAUCCCCUGGGCCGUAUAUUCGAACCUAUCUUGGGUGAGAAGAAGGCCGCGCAACUGCUUACUGGUGAACAUACGCGGUCUAUAUCUGUUGCUGCGCCUACCUUGGGCGGGUUGAUGAAGUUUGCGAAGAAGACGCAGACUUGCAUGGGAUGUAAGAAGCCUUUGGUCGGUAAGGAUGAGAUGGCAGGAGCUGUAUGCGAGAACUGUCGCCCCAGGAUGGGCGAACUUUAUUCAAAGACGUUGAUGAAAGUCUCUGACCUCGAAGUGCGCUUUGGGCGUCUCUGGACACAAUGCCAGCGCUGCCAGGGAAGCUUGCACUGCGAAGUCAUCUGUUCGUCGCGUGACUGUCCGAUUUUCUAUAUGCGAAUGAAGGCGAAGAAGGAUGUAGAAGACGCGGAGAAAGAGCUUAUGCGCUUUGAUUAUGAUCCAGGCGCAUGGUAGUCAGUCGACGAACGGCGAGUGUUUUUACGGUUGAGUUGGUUUUGGUUUCUUCGCCUGUGUGUGUAUGUAAUAGUGCUGCAGUUAUUUUGGCCUGGAUAUGGAUCAUAUACAUGGGGGUUUCCAGAGUAAACAA